GUGAAGGGGCAGUAGGUUCAGUGAAGUACGCUACGAGGGCAGCAGCUUCUGAUCAUGAAGAAGAAAGCGAAGGCUUGGAGGGGAGGCUUGGAUCCUUGGCUCUGAGCCACCUGUUGUGUGUAGCAUCCAAAGCCCGGAGAGAUGUAUUUUCCAUAAAUAACUCUUGCUCACAUAUACUGUGCCAUGGGCUUAAGGCCUCUUGAGACGGGGAUGGUUUUGUUUUGAGAUAAUCUCUCUGUGUGUGAGUGACACGACCGAUCUUUUUGUGGGGUGGGAAAUGGAAGACUAUACAACUAGAACCUAUGGCACGGGUGGACUGGACAACAGACCUCUCUUUGGAGAAACUUCAGCAAGGGAUCGAAUCAUCAACUUAGCUGUUGGUAGCUUAACAUCCUUGCUGCUUAUAGUCACUCUGAUCAGUGCUUUUAUCUUUCCUCAACUACCUCCAAAACCAGUGAAUAUAUUUUUUGCUUUCUGCAUCUCCUUGUGUAGUGUUUCUGCUGGCAUACUUAUCUACUGGUAUCGACAAGGAGACUUGGAACCUAAGUUUAGGAAUCUAAUUUACUAUAUCUUAUUUUCUAUUGUCAUGUUAUGCAUAUGUGCCAACCUGUACUUCCAUGAAGUGGGUAAAUGAUUGCGAGACUGUUCUUAGCUCCACCUUAGAAACAAAGGGGAUAAUCAGCUGGACAGGAAUGAAGAAAGGGGUUGUUCAGGGAUAAUCAGUACAUGAUUUUCAUGUAAAUGUAUAUCUCAAGUCCCUCGUGUUGGGAGGAAUUAUUGCCAUAUGACAUGACACUUUGCUUUUAUUUAAGAGCUAACUUUGCACUUAAUGCACAUUCCAACUAUACUGAUGUUUCAGAAGG